CCCACGUGGCAGGAGCCAAGGGGUGGCUGCUCUCUCCGAAGGAGCGUGUGCCCUCCAGCCUGCUGGAGUCUGCGCCCUCACUCCCGCUGCUGCCCCGGCUUUUGAGCGCUUUGAUUGGCAGCCCCUAGCCUGAGGCGCGGCCAGGUGCGUGCCAUGGAGCUUGCCACAGCAAAGCAGGCGGCGGUGACGGCAGAGAGAGAAGCUGCUGAGCAGCGUGGGUCUGCUGGACCUGAUCCUGAGUUCCCAGAGCAGAGGGGAGGCUGUCAGGGUCUUGAGAAGUACAGUGUGUCUACAGAGGCGGCAGGGGGCAUGGGAGGGUCUGGCUGCUGGUGGACCUGCAUUCUGCAACAGGAUGGUGUCGGCUGGGACAGGCUAUGAGCAUGCGCAGUGGACUUUGGCUCUGGAAACUGUCCUGUUGCCAGCAAAGGCCUUCACAUGAGUGACUGACAGCCCAGAAACCAGCUGUUCAGGUAGCUCGGUUUGCUGUCAUGUCCAACGACCUGAGAAGGUGCUUCUCCUGGGAGAGAAGAGACACGCUCUGUGAAAGGAAGUCCUUUACAAACCAGUCAAAGCAAGGCUUUCGGCACCAUGGGGUCAUCACACUCUGCAGGAAACACAGACCUCUGGAUCUUCUUGGAAAUCUGCAGUAUCUGGCGACACUGGACAUGGAGUCUGUGGUGGCAGCGGUCGACUGCUCCUGGCCUGUGCCGUCCAUCUGCAUGGUCUCCAGAGAGAAAGGAGACGAUAAUCCCGCUAAUGCCCAUCACUGCCGCUGCCGAGGCAGCCAAGAAACAACCGCCAGUCUUUCUGGGAGCCGGAAUCUUGGAUUUCACGGGGAAUGGACACUCGUCUUUGAUGAGGAGCCUGGAGUCCAGAAAGCACUGGAAGUGUUGGCUGCAUGCAGAGCAGACUUGCAUUCGCUCCCGGUCUCUGCACAUUUGGGGCUCUUUUCACAGCUCUCCGCUGAUGCACCUGAGAAAGUGGUGAAAGAUGGCACAAGCGCUGGGGCCUCUGCACCCAUUUGGAAGACCCAGAGGAAGCUUCUGGCUUCGACACGGCACAUCUCUAGCUGUUGCAACCAUUUGAAGUAG